AUGCGGACGGCGGAAAUAAACGAGGGAAAUGAAGGUCUAGCUCGCGUACGUCCCGGUCGCAUCAUCAUCUUACCGGCUACGAUUCCCGGUACCAGGCGGUACUACCACAACGGUUAUCUAGACAGUUUGGCUUUGUGCGCGAAAUUGAAAAGAGUUCCCACUUACCUUCUCACGUUCACGUCAAACAAAAAUUGGCAAGAGGUAAUCGACGAGAUGAACCGCCGCGACAAAUCCGUGUCCGACAUAGGAAACUUUCCGGAGGUUUUGUGUCGCGUAUUCGAACAAAAAUUGAAUGCCUUGAUGGGAGAUUUGACCGAGCGUCAAAUCUUAGGGAAAAUCGAAGGAUACGUUGUCAGGGUAGAAUUCCAAAAACGCGGCGCUCCGCACGCGCAUAUCCUUCUCUAUUUGUCCAGAGAAGACGUUCCCGUUUCGGGAGAGGAUGUGGAUAGGGUCAUUUGGGCGAGAUGGCCCGAACCUUCGGACGGUAACGGUUUCGAAUCGCUUCGUCACUUGGUCAACACGUUCAUGAUACAUAACAAGUGCGAUAUCGAACCGGAAAACGUCGAACAGGAAAUCGACGACAAUGACGAGGAGGAGGAACAAGAGGGGGAGAUAGGUGUCGAAAAUUCGAGGGUCAGAAGACCGCCUUGCUGGACCGUUGUCGAUCGAUGCCGGUGGAAAUAUCCGAAACAGCAAUUAUCGAGCACCGUUUUUAAGAUCGAGAAGCAAAUUCUUUACAGACGUCCUCCGGGUGUUUGCUUUUUAACAGGCAACAAAAUCGUUUCGUCGGCAACGAAUUUGGAACUUUGCGUCGGAAACCCGAUCCAGGGGUGUCGAUACAUUAACGCCUACGUCAAUAAGGGGUUAGACGUAGCGAACAUCCAAUGCGUUGAGAUGCAAGUGAAUACGACCACCGGUACGAUCGAUUGGAACGAGGCGGCGGCAUUCCUUAAAAUGAGAUAUAUCGGACCGCACGAGGCGGUCUAUCGCAUCUUGGGAAAUGGCAUGUUCCAUAUCAGUCACACGAUCGAAAAGUUGCCCGUGCAUUUGGAAGGAGAGGCUUGUGAAAUUUACAGGGAAGGGGACGAGAUGGCCGUAGUCGAAAGGGGCGAGCGUUCUAAGCUCGUCGCUUGGUUCGAAUUGAACGCGGCGGAGGAGGCGACGGGUCGUUGGGUCGCCAAGUCGCGACCCACCAGUUCUAUGGGUCGUAUGAGUCCGGUUUAUCCGAGUCCGGCGAAUAUGGAGCGCUACUAUCUACGAAUGAUUUUGGGCAACGUGACAGGUUUGAUUUCGUUCGUGGACGCGAAAACCGUAAACGGCGUUUUAUGUCCUUCGUAUCAGGCCGCUUGCGUAGCGUUAAAAUUGAUCCCGGACCACGACGAAGAGGCGGACAAGAUUUUAGAUUGGAUAGCGGAUCGUCUUGCUCAUCCGUUUUAUUUAAGGGAAGCGUUCGCUCUAAUUCUCUUGUACAAUCCGUCGAAGAAUCCCCGAACUUUAUUUAAGAGAUGGUGCAGGCGUAUGUCCGCGGACGUGCAUAGGAUUCAUAUCGAUUUAAUCAGAGAUAUCGACGAAGAGGGCGCGGGCGACUUAAACGAAAGGAUGCACGUGCUCCGUACGUGUCGGUAUACGGUCCUUUGGAGUUUCGUAGAUCGAUUUCUGGUCGAAAGCUCCACUUCGAUGGAAAAAAUUAAUCUUCCUCGGGAUUGGAUUUCCGAUUGGGUUUACGACGAGGAGGCGGAACAACUUUUGGACGAGGAAAAGGUUAUGUUCGAGGAAUUCGCUUUCGUUCCGAGACCGAAUCAAAAUUUGCAUCUGAUCGAUCUCAACGAUCAACAGCUGGGAUUCGUUUACGAGGUUUUACAGUCUGUAUGCAAUCGUAACGGUAUGGUUUUCGUUUUGACCGGCGAAGGGGGCACCGGCAAAACCGCGACCGUCAACGUUAUUUUGGAAGAGGCGGAACUUCGCGCGUUACCGUACGUAUCCGCGGCUUUUACGGGGAUCGCGGCCACGUUAAUCCGGAACGCGGCUACGAUUCAUUCUUCUUUCGGCAUUCCUAGAGAAAGAGGCGUAGACGAUACGCCGGUUUCUAAUUUGGUGGGCGAGUCGGAGGCGGCCGACGAUAUUCGAAACGCGAGACUCGUCGUGUUAGACGAGGUGUUUAUGUUGGCGUCGUGGAUGUUGGAAAUGAUCGAUGCCGUGUGUCGGGAAUACGGUCAAUCGCGACGGCCGUUCGGUGGGAAAACCGUUAUUCUUAGCGGCGAUCCCAAGCAGUUGCUUCCCGUUGUCAAGGGUAGGCGAGCGGAAAUGGCGUCCGUGUUCGAGUCCAUCGUUUCGCAUCCGGCAUGGAGUACUUUUCAACUGUGCACGUUAACGGAAAACAUGCGUGUUCAUCCGCAAGAGGUGGAAUGGUCGAAUUUCAUCAGGAGAGUAGGCGACGGGGAAAGAAUCGUUUCGGACAACGGACGCGAACCGAUUUCCGAUAACUGUCUGUUCGUUCCUUCCAAAUUAAUUGUCAAAUCGCGCGAACAACUCGUCGACUUUGUUUACGGGGACGUCUUCGAAUCGAUGCUCGCUCUUCCCGGGACGAACGACGAGGUCGAGGAGUUGAACGAAAUCAUCUCAAAGAUCUUCCCCGAUCCGUCAGGAUCGAAGAGGGUCUUUUUGGCGACCAAUUCCUACGAUAGACAGAGUAACGAGGAUGGGGCCGACGAUCACGAAAUCGCCAAUCCCCUCGCGACGGGAGUCACCAGUGAAAUUAUCGAAAGUUUAGAUUUGUCGGGACUACCGCCACAUCGGUUGACUUUGAAGAUCGGUUCGGUGGUAGUCCUUUUGGUAAAUCUUAACGUGCGGAGGGGUUUUUGUAACGGACAGAGAAUGAUCGUUUUGGAGAUAGGCGAUGACGUGAUAGUCGGCCGCAUCGUUUCCGGUCAAUUUCAGGGCCGUAAAUGUGUCAUUAUCAGAAAACAAUUCGUUUUAGAGGAAAAAGAAACGCCAUUGCUACCGGGCGGCGGCACAUUUUAUAGAAAACAAUUUCCGAUUAAGUUGGCGCACGCAAUUACUAUCAACAAAGCGCAAGGACAGACUCUUUCGCGAGUCGGUUUGUGUCUCAACGUCCCGUGUUUUGCUCACGGUCAAUUGUACGUCGCUUUGUCCAGAGUGCGUACUUGGCAGGAUAUUCGCAUUUUGGUAAAGGAAAGUCGUAGACAGGGUCGUUUCUUUAAAGACGGUCGCAAAAAUAAUCCAGUUUUCACGCAGAAUAUCGUUUAUAGGGCGUUUUUAGAUAAAAUCUUCAAUUGA